GCCGGGGAUUAUGAGGGUGACGCGACGGUGCAGAACGGAUCGUCGUUGGGUGGUAUAGAUCAUGCAAGAAUUCACCCAAAGUUUCUGCAUGCAAAUGCUACCAGCCAUAAAUGGGCGUUGGGGGCUUUUGCAGAGCUAUUGGACAAUGCUCUUGAUGAGGUAUGCAAUGGUGCUACAUAUGUUAAUGUGGAUAUGUUGAUAAACAAGAAAGAUGGAAGUAAAAUGCUGUUGGUUGAAGAUGAUGGUGGUGGCAUGAGUCCUGACAAAAUGAGGCAAUGCAUGUCACUUGGUUAUUCAAUGAAGAGCAAGUUAGCGAAUACAAUUGGGCAAUAUGGAAAUGGUUUCAAAACCAGCACCAUGAGGCUUGGAGCUGAUGUAAUUGUUUUCUCUCGUCAUCAUGGAAAAGAUGGAAAAAGCCCCACACAGAGCAUUGGAUUACUUUCAUACACAUUUUUGAGAAGCACUGGAAAGGAAGAUAUAGUGGUUCCUAUGGUUGAUUAUGAAAAAGUGUGCCAAGGUUGGAAAAAACUGGCUCGUUCCUCUCAAUCAGAUUGGACAAAGAAUCUAGAAACCAUUGUACAAUGGUCUCCAUAUUCAAGUGAAGCAGAUCUUUUACAAGAGAUCAGCUUAUUGCAAGAUCAUGGAACUCGCAUUAUCAUUUAUAACCUUUGGGAGGAUGAUCUUGGGGAGCUUGAACUUGAUUUUGAUACAGAUCAAUAUGAUAUUCAACUAAGAGGUGUCAACCGUGAUGAAAAGAAGAUAAAUAUGUCUCAGAAAUUUCCCAAUUCCAGGCACUUCCUUACAUAUCGGCAUUCCCUCAGGAGCUAUGCAUCAAUUAUUUACUUGAGGCUUCCGGAGGACUUCAGAAUGAUUUUGCGUGGAAAAGAUGUUGAACACCAUAACAUAGUGAAUGAUAUGAUGUUAACUCAAGAGAUCACUUACAGACCCCUUGCAGGUGGCGAUAGGGUCCGGAAGGAUGCUAGUAUGGUAGCUGUGGUGACAAUAGGAUUCGUCAAAGAUGCCAAAGAUCAUAUUGAUGUCCAAGGAUUUAAUGUUUAUCAUAAGAAUCGUCUUAUAAAACCAUUUUGGAGAGUCUGGAAUGCUGCUGGAAGUGAUGGACGUGGAGUUAUAGGUGUAUUGGAAGCUAAUUUUGUUGAGCCAGCACAUGAUAAGCAGGACUUCGAACGCACAACUAUUCUUUCUAGACUUGAGGCACGCCUUGUUCAGAUACAGAAAAAUUACUGGUCAUCGCAUUGCCACAAAAUUGGUUAUGCUCCUAGGAAUCGGGGGAAAUCCAUUGAACUGUUUUCCCCAGAGUGUUUGACAGCAGAACCAUUCUCAGCCACUCACGGGAAAAAAGUCCUUCAGUCUACCAUCAGCAGUUCAACAAGUCAGCACCAACUUAUUGAGGCUGGAAGAAAUUGUUCUUGGAUAAAUAUUGGGCAAGUUGGUGGCAGAGAUCUUUUGCCUUUGACCUGUUCAGAGCAUGAAGAAAAUGAAGAAAGUACUGGUGAUGUAGAAAAUAGAAGGCCACAUUUAACAUCAGCGUCUUCAGGAACUGUUCCAGAAAGAAGCCUAUUGCAAUCACUUAAUACGAAAGGUCACAAGCGGCAGCAGUUAGAGGAAUGUGAGAAGUCCACAAGCAUGCAGAAAAGAAUGCAUAAAGAUCAACAACAUACACCACCAGCUAAUGGUCAUAGUGCUCCUGAGGCAAAGAAACAAUAUUUUGCGGCUGAUCUUCCAAAAGAUGAUGCUGGAAUUGGAAGUCAAUCAAGUUUUAUUCGUAACACAAGUGAAUCUGAAUUUGCAAUCUCAAAUUCUGAGAUUCUAAAGCAAUUGGAAGAUGAAAAUCACAGAUUGAAAAAGAGGUUGAAAGCAUUAGAAGAAAAAUCAUUGCAAGUUUGCGAGGAGUCUAGAUUUAAAGCUAAGAUCAUGUACCUGGAAGCUCAAGUUCAGGAGUACGUACAUAAGUUGCAGGAGGCUCACAAAGAACAGGAAUACAUUAUUAGCAUAUUUUCAGAGGAAAAGCAACACCAUGGCAAGGAGGUGGAAGCGCUGAAGAAGAGGUUGAAGGAUGCUCAUACUACAAUUAGAAAUCUGCUGCAGAAACAUGAGGUGAAACCUGAAUAUUAAUGCACGUAUAUUCAGAACAAUGUCGGACCAAGGGAAGAUUUUGAGGUCAUGAAAGUUUGAACAGGGAUAUAUAACACUACUGGAAUGUAAAUUUGUAAUCUGGGGUGUACAUGUAAUUUUUGGUUCUGGACAACCAAUGGAGUUGUAGGCCUAUGUUAUUAGCAUGUUUUAUAGUUAUCUUGAAUAUCUCAUGUUA